UAAAUAUACACAUCCCCGAGCGAAGCUCGGGGAUGUACCCCGCUUGCUCCAAAAAGCCGCUGAGCCCCCUACACAUUUGCCGACGACACGAAUAUCUAUUCUAUCAUAACCUUUAUCACCUUGGGAGUGUGUUCUGGGUGUUCGGUAUUACAUGAGCUUCAUGCAGCUCUAUUUAUUUUUAAAUAAAAAUGUUAAAAACUCACCUAAUCCUGCCUUUUUAUCAGUAAAGUCCUUCACACAGCGAACAAAGUUGUGUGCAGUCCUAUGGGGCUCGAUCUCAUGUAAUCGCUGUAUAUGAACCGGAAGGUAAUCGCAACUCUGUGAAGGUCAAGUCACGUGACGAGAUCGCCCGAGUAGCACGCGCGGAAGCAACUGCUGUAGCAGACGACGCGACGUCUAUACUGUGUGCAAUGUAAAUUUAUAGCGUAAUCGCCCAGAUUCAUUCAUGAUUCAGGCAGAAAUUAUUCAGCGUACGUAGAAACUGCCAUGGAAACGAGAAUGCUCAAAGAAGUUGUGGAUGAUGUGCUCGGAAGUACUUUUGUACUGAAACAAAAACAGGAGUCCAUGCUCAUAAGCGCUGCCAAAGGAAAUCACACCAUGGGGAUCCUUCCCACUGGAUACGGAAAAAGUUUGAUUUAUGCCCUCCACGCACCACUUUUGAACAAACUGAAUCCACAGAAAACACACAUAACCCUCGUAGUAAGUCCGCUUAAAAGUCUAAUGCUGGACCAGGUGCGCAGAUGGAAGAAUCUUGGCAUCAGAACUGCGGCCAUUCUUGGCCAUUCAGGUCAUGACAUGGACAGGGAGACUGAAAACGACCUGAUGAAUGGAGGGACAGACCUCGUUUUUACUUCCCCGGAGGCCAUCCUGUCCCCUAAGUGGUGGCAAUGGGUGCGGAAGUUUCAAAACAGGAUUUCGUUGCUGGUGCUAGAUGAGGUUCACUGCUUUACAAAAUGGGGUCUUACAUUCAGGGAGGAGUACCUCCGGACCACAUCUUUGACAUCCAGGCUGGCAUGCCCUAUAAUGCUUCUUACAGCCACGGCAACAAACAGAAUGGUCACAGAAAUACUUCAAAACCUGAAUCUCCGCAGGGAAGAAGUAGAAAUAUUCGCCGCUAUUCCCAACAGACCAAACAUUCAUCUAUCAGUGGUUCCGGUGAAGGACAAGUUUGAAGCCAUUGGAUGGUACUUGGAUGAAUUAAAGGAGAAGGGUGUCGAUGCUGCAAAAACCAUCAUUUAUGCACGACAAAUCGACCACGUUGCUGAACUCUACACAUGGCUCAACGAAAGCCUCGCCGAGUCCGCCCAUGCUCCAGGACCAGGGCAGUCUUGCAGUGUGGAAAGUAGACUGAUCGAAAUGUACCACGCAUCAACGGACUCAAAGAGUCAGGAACGAAUAUGUCGUAACUUUUCCACCGAAGGUUCUAAGCUGCGCUGCGUUGUAGCAACAAUAGCAUUCGGUUUGGGUGUCGACAUCGCCGACAUUGAUCAGGUUAUCCACUGGGGAUGCCCUAGUGAUGUCCUCUGCUAUUGGCAAGAAACAGGCCGAUGCGCGAGGGAUGGAAGACCCGGAAAAGCCAUUAUGUAUCUGCCACCCUUUUCAGUCAACAAGAGAUGGGUUGAUGAAGACAUGAGGGACCUUGUCCAAUCAUCCCGCUGCAUCCGGAAAUCGGUGUUGAACACGCUCUUCGUGCAUGGCAUGGAAAAGGACAAUGUACAGGUGAUGUCAUGCUGCUCAGUUUGCGACAGUGCUAAGUAAUACGGGACCCAUAGCAUGUAUCCAUUUCUAUGAGUCAGUGCACAAUUUAACACUGCGACGCUGUGCAUCCAUUCUCGUAGAAAGUGCUUUCAGCUUUUUACCAAGGUUCUUUGGAUUUCGCAACACCUCUUUAUGGUCGAACCCUUCAAAGCCUUUGUGUUGUCUGAAGGGCAAGUAUUCAAACAGUCCAAAUCCAUCGUUCUCAUCCACAAACAAUGCAACAUCUUGUUUGUAUACAUCCUCUGCUUUCUUCCUAGUUGGCGUCUUCAUGGAGACGAUCCCGGCAUCACUGAACAUGAUAUCCAGGUACCUACCAAAUGGUCCUGACAUCUUGGCACAUCUCUGCGCGUGUUUCUCAGUCACAUUUCCAUGAGCGAAGUCGAUCAUACCUGCAAAAAUUGAUACAGAAAAAAAAACAGUUAAAAUAUAAUUGUUGAGAAGAUCAAAUCAACCUUGAUUUAUAAUUGCAUAUCACGUCACCUACGCACAACGCAAAAUGCGUCAAACAUUGCAACUGACAUACCCUUGUAGUCCAUGUUAAUGUGCUCAGUACCAAGGUCCAUCCCUAUGUUUCCUCCGGGCUUGCCAGUGACAUUGAUGACUCUGUUCCAGAUCAAAUUGUUCCUGAUGUCAGAAGGAGCAAAUCCACCGAUACCUGAUGCCAUGAAAAAACAAUUUGCGAAAUCUAAAACCAACAUUUCACCAACAUGACCAAGGAAAUACUUUCUACUUUUCAAACCCCUCGUUCGAGGAUCAUUUCAUGAUGUUCAAAGGAUCGCAUGGGCACCAUCCCUUUAACGUUAACUAGCUAGGUCACUAUUAGUUUGAAUGCACAUGCCAUCAUUAUGACCGUUCAUCAGUAUACACUUUAUUAAUUGUGUGUUUGCCAGCGUCCUUCUUUCGGCAAAUGGCACAAAUCUCCUAUCUCUUAAACAAUGCUUAAUCUGUUUAUCCCCAAACUCACAAUAUGCACAUCCUGGAGGAUUCGUUGUCUAGUACACCUAAUCACAAAUGAAACGGACGUAUUCUAUGUGCAUUUCAAGUGGAAGUGGGUCUAAAAGAUGAUGUGAUGAUGUGGCACACAGAAUAUAUUUUUGGCACAUAAUAAUAAGUUUAUCGUGAGUGUCAUGAA